AUGGUAUCCGCUACCAAAUCCGACGGCACUUUUUCCGAGCCCGUCCAUCUACUCGAUCGCCUCCACGAUGGUCACGACAAUGAUCACGACGAUGGUAACGACGCAGGUGUCGACGAUGAUUACGAGAUCGGUGAACCCAGUCUCCUUCCCGUACCGUUCCUCAACGUCUAUGAGCAUUUGCCUGCCAGUGCAUCCGCAAACCACCCGCACAUCAUUGAUACAGACCUGUGCAAGCUGGAAUUCUGCGACGAGGCCGCAGUCGCCACUGUGCUCUACAAGAUCUCGAAGGACACUCUGGGGCAGUUCCUCGACAAGCGCACUACAUCUUUCAAGCUCAUCCAGUGGAGGGAAGGCCCCCUCAACAAUGAAUUCAAGCUCGUCAUUUGGAAGGAGGGAGCUCAAGUUCUCGUAAGCUCAUACCUUGAGCACGUCGAGGAAGACCUUCUAGAAUGGGAAAGCGUCAUUCGUUGCACUGUCAACUCUGAUGGCUCUUGGAAUCUCAUUUCGGCCACCUCUGCGGGUAGAUCUACUAGACGAGGGCUUCAUCAUGUAUGGUCAGGCAAGUUCAUUCGGACCCGCUGGAGCAGCGAAAUCGAGCGCAACGCUUGUGGCACAAAGGAAGAGUUUGCCCAUAGUUUCGGUGAGGGCAUGAUCAACUUCCAGUGCUGGGAUGGCGAGAUAAAGACCAAGUGGGACAUCGCGACCACCAUGGCUCUCUGA